CUUUCAGAGCACUUGCGAAGCUUGGCGAGUCCGAACGCGAAAACAGUUGCUAAUAUUAGCGCGGGAAAGCGCACUGCGUCGGUGCGGGAUUUUCCAGGGCGGGCGGCGCGCGCAUAUAUAACAUUAACCAGCACGGACGUUCUGUGCUGGCACAAUAACACGGUGUGUCUGUGCUUGUGCUGGUGAGAUGUGAGCCUGGUUUUUAUCACAGGGUUAACGAACAUUCACAAUGACGAUCGUAACUAAUCCAGCCUGCACCGACAUCUGCCUUGAAAGUCAGAUCUCUCAAGCGUCUACUUCUGGUGUCCAAGCGAUCAGCACUCAUGAGUACGGGCAAUAUGGCGAGCUGCGAAUAGAUGAGAACGCCCGGUUAUACGAUAACGAGAAGCAAAGCGACAUAGUAUUUGUCGCUGGAAUCAAUGGAGACACGUUCCGGUUUCCGGGUCAUCGGCGCGUCCUUGCUGCAACCAGUCCUGUCUUCGCUGCGUUACUUUCCACAAAAGCGGACGUUAUUGUCGUAGAUUAUAUCGACAGACGAGGCUUCGAACAGCUCCUUCGUUACCACUAUUGCGAACCCACACAGUUGACCUCUGUGUUUACUGCCAGAGCCACUCUUAAUGCCGCCUAUAAAUUUCUGUGCCCGCAACUUGCAGAGCGCUGUGCAAAACGGCUGGAUGAAAUGUUAGACGCUGAGGUCGCGCUUGAGAUAUUGCGUGAUUUAAGAUAUUUAUGCGCGAGGCUACCUGGAGCUGCUUCGGCGCCUCCUUUACCAGCGUUGGAAAAUGACGCCGCUGCAAGGACUCUUUCACAUUGCGCUAUGUGGUGCGAUUCUUUAGCUCAUAACGCCCUGCUUGUCAUCGACGACAAUGCUGACGCGGCUCUCACUCAUGAAAAGCUUGAAGACCUGACAUACGAAGAUCUUGUGCUGAUAGUGAAACGAGACACUCUACGUGUCUCCAGUGAGCUAGUUUUAGCGGAGGCGCUAUCUCGCUGGAGUAUUGCAGCUUGCAAACGCACCAAGAGGGAGCUCACCCCGAGCAAUAAACGUGCCGCGCUCGGGGAACUAGCCUACUGCCCGCGUUAUCUUUUACUUGCUGGUGAAGAAUUGGAUAGAGCUUUAGCUCUGGAACUUUUGGAACCAAUCGAGCGGGCUUUGGUACUAGCUCGAGCAAGGAAACUUUCAGCCCCCGUACCUGUAGGAGCGGAGCAGGAGGCGAUGUUACGUCGUUGGGCGCAUCCGCGACCCUCCGAACCCGCAGCGGCACCCGUCUGCUUGAGUCCAAGAUCCGAGCCGACCGAAGAGCCCAAACCCAGCAAACUCUGCGGACGACGACCAAAAAAACUGAAGCAACCGUGUUUCGAACCCGAAGACAGUCGGAGAACGUCCAAGAGCAAUUGCUGCUCCGACUGCUUCCACGGUCUCAUUCAUGCUUUCGUCUGUCUAUUCGACUAAUUAGUGUAUCAGAAUCUUCGAUGUUAUAUGUGAUAAUUAAGAUAUGUAAUAUUGCAUUUAUUAAAUAAUGUAAAAAAAAACAAAGUUUUAUGUUCUAUAUGUGGUAAUAGAGAAUGUGGCAAAGAUUUUAAAUGAAUUUAGUAUUACGUAUAGAAUCCACAGUGAGUACUGUGACAUGACACUACGAAAUGUAUGUGGCAUGUUUAAAAUGCAUUAAGUAGCUUUAAUUUUUAAUAUUUCGUCGCAGCUCAGCUGUUUAUUAUUCAGUGUUUAUUAAAUAUUAAUCAUUAAUUUUAGGCCCGAAAUCUAUAGUAAAUUCCAAAUUAUAAUAAAUUUAAUGAGCAAAUCAUUUAAAUUGGCGCACAAAGUGUUUAGAUGUUAUAUAUAAGUUUCGCUAGAAAAUUCUGUUGCAAGAUAAAAUUAAUUAAAUCUAUUUCGUUGCUAAUAGCUAUUAGAUAUCAAUGGGUACGUGUUUUAUGUUAAGACUCUGUGUAUAUCAAAUCAUUGAUUGUCUAUGUUAAUGUGGUUUCACCGCAGUUAUUAGCAUUUAAAUUAGUUCAAAUAUUUAUUAAGUAUGAAAAAUCGUAGGAGUAUUGUUGUGGUACUGUAUUCUAUACUAGUCUUAAUUUAAGUACACAUUUGUAUCGUUGUUUGUGUUACAUAUCUGUGGAUAUAAUUUAAUUGUUCAUAGAACAAUACAGCACAGCCUCUACUGAGCCAGCUCGUAAUCACCACAUUUAUUUGUUCAGCUUAUUCCAACAGCUUCUUAGACUGUGCCAUAUAAGUAAGAUUAUUUUCUAUUAUAAAUAUUGUACAGUCCGAUAGUUUUAAUACGUAGGGUCCCGAUUAAAAACUCUUUGUAAAGAUAUAAUAAAUGUAUUUUCAUAAAAAUGUUCAUAACUUAAACUUAAUACUGUACCGUACUGAUGUUUCUAAAUGUAUUAAUUAUUUAUAUUUAUACAUUGUAUUUGCGACAGCGAGUAUUACAUUUUUAUAACCUACUAAGUAGUUUGAGGUUAUGUAUUCAGUAACCUUCAUUUAUUCCACUCAUUACCCUCAUUUUAUGGAAUUCGUGUGUCGUUUUUAACGGUUCUAUGAAAUUUAAAUGAUUCAAUAUAUGUCAUCUAUCGUUUAUUGUAGAUGUAUCGAUGUUAUCUUCGAACCGCAUUUAUGUAAAUUGAAAUCUGAUAUCAAAUAAAAGAAUUGUUCAUUUAUGUGAA